AGCACGCGAGCCGCGUGGCCCUAUAGAAGAAGAACAGGAGGAUUCGACACGGACCUGCGUCCUGUAUCUCAGCAGCUACAAGACCAAAAGUGCGUGUUCCAAGGGCAUCUGCGUCUGGCUACACGAGACCACGCGUUGACCGACGGCACCAUGCUGACACCGAGCGACAAGCCGGAUCACUCGCAGCACCGGAAGAGCCGCGGGACCAAUAAGGGUGACCACGGUGGACCAAAGCCCAACGAGCCCGGCAGCACCUUUCCUAGGUCGGCCGACGCCUUGCUCCAAAACACACCGCCGGGCGGACGCUCGGGCCGCGUCCUAGUCACCGCCGAGAAGCGGCCUGAGGAUCGCCCGGAGUCACCUGCAUUGACCACACCGUCCACUUCACGGAGCCCAUCCACAGGACAAGAACCCGGGCGCGGCGAAGGAAUCCAGGAUACGACAGUGACCAGACACAGCGACAAACGCGGACACACCGAGACGCGGCGCGGUCAUCGCCCCCGGGGAGUACUCAGGGGGGCGAAAGCGAACGUCACGCCUCUGGUGUACCACAAGGAUCUGUACUUGGCCCACUCCUCGUUCUAA